GUAAACCGACGCAGCAGUCGACGGCUCAGUGAUAAAAUCGCGCGCCACACGUCAACGUGAACCAAUAAUAGACGAUACCGCCGCAAUCACCGCCGCCACCGUCGCUGCAACCGUCGUCGUCGCGUACGCCUAUAAUAACCAGCUUUUCGCCGAUAGAGUUUUCACUUUUCCGACCGCAUAAUAUAGAUACCGUUUCGUACAUAUUUUCAUUGCACGGUGAACCUAUUUUUUCACACUACCUACGUUUAAUCGCUUCGUUUUUAUCCACGGCGCUCUUCUACCCGUCAUAUAUUUAGUAACAAUAUUAAUAUAAAACGCCGUUUUAUCAGGUUAUUAAUUUUCGAGCCAGUUUCCGUCGUCGUACAUGACGUGCGAGACUGUGACCAAAUGUGCUGCGUGGUGAUCAGCACCGCCGGCAUGCAGGACGACGAUCACCACAACCUCCUCCAACACCACCACCACAAUAACAACCGCCGUCACCAACAACACCACCGCAGCAGUAGCACCAGCAGCAGCGGUAGCGGUAGUAUCGGUGGAAGCGCUGUACAGCUGGCCACUUCCUCCUCGUCGUCCGCCGCCGCCGCGGCCGCAGCAGCCGCAGUGUUCCUACCAGUCUACGAUUUCAGCCGCCGAUACCAGGCCGCCCUGGACUCGGUGGCCAUGCAUCAAGUCGUCAGCCCGCUGGAUUUGAGGGGCGUCGGCGGUGGUUCCGGCGCCGCAUCCGCCGCCUCUGUGAUGGUGCAGGCCGUCUCGACGGCUGCGUCCGUGUCGCCGCCGUGCAGCGUCGGAUCGGCUGAGACGACAGACGUGAACGUGGAUUCGGCCGACGACGACGACGACUACGACGCGGCAGCCGUCGCGGCCGGGUGCAACGACAACAACAACGGUGGUGGCCGCCGCAGCAAGACGACGUCACCCGGCGCACAAGCGGGCGGCGCGUGCAGUGAAGACGGCGAUAAGGCAUCGGGUGCCGGCAACGGUUCGCCCGUCAAGCCGCCGUAUAGUUACAUAGCGCUGAUCACCAUGGCCAUACUGCAGUCACCGCACAAGAAGCUCACACUCAGUGGAAUCUGUGAAUUCAUCAUGUCACGGUUCCCGUACUACCGCGACAAGUUCCCGGCCUGGCAGAACUCCAUCAGGCACAACCUGUCGCUCAACGACUGCUUCAUCAAGAUUCCCCGGGAACCGGGCAACCCGGGGAAGGGUAAUUACUGGACCCUGGACCCGAUGGCCGAGGACAUGUUCGACAACGGCAGCUUCCUUCGGCGGCGCAAGCGGUACAAGCGCAUGCAGGCCCCGUCAGACUUUUUUAUCCACCGUGGUGGUGGCGACCACCACCACCAUCCGCAUCAUCAGCACCAUCCUCACCACCAUCCACACCACAAUCACUUCGCCGCAGCCGCGGACCCAUACUCGGUGUUACACCACCACCAUCACUAUCCUUACCAUCACCUCGGGCCGCCACCACCACAUCUGCAGCCACCACACCCGUCGCAGGCCCAGACACAGCCCCUUCAGCAGCAGCAGCAGCAGCAGGGCCCGCAGUCACAGCAACCCUCGCCGACGCAGCAGCCCACGGCCGCCAUGCAGCCGUUACAGCUGCCGGCCGCUGAGCUGGCGCGCAUAACGUUCGGUCUGAACCUGCUGCACAACGGACAAGUGGCCGCGGCGGCAGCCGCCGCAGCGGCCGCGUACAAGCCGUCACAGCCGCCCGCACUGGUUUUGCACCAACACGGCAAUCUCAUACAGCCGUCGUACGCGACCACUGUGGUGGCCGGCGGCGGUCGCUUGGCCGUGAAACAGCCGUCCACCGGGUUCAGCAUCGACUCCAUCAUGGGCAAGAGGCCGUCGCCCGCCGCGCCGCCGGCCAACGUGUCACCGGCCCGACCCGGUGGUCGUCACCCGCUGCAGCAGCGCGAGCCGGAUGACGACGACGACGAUGACGGCCACGACAACCGUGAUCACCACAUCAGCCGUCACCACGAUGCCGCGGCCGUCUCGCCACAGCCGUCGGCCAGGCAGAACUUCGAUUCGGCGUUCACGCCGCUCCAGCAGACCACGUGGGCCAGGUGAUGAUGUGGCCGCCGCCACCGCGCGGUCACGUGUCACUCGACGCAUGACAUGGUAACAAUAUAAUGUUUACUGUUAUGUCAUGCGGAGGAGAUCAUCGUGCCGAACGAUUAUACGUACCGACAACUCGUCAGAGCAUUAUCGCAGAUAUUCGUGAAGCCGUCUUGCAAACGAAUCGCACUGAUGCAUAGCCGGUGUCGAUUUCUCAUCUAGUCCCAAUUUGUCCAACAACCCUAUUACAAAUUACAAUACAGACGUAUAAUAUACAAUACUUAUAUAAUAAACAUAUACUUAUUAAUACAAAUACGAUU